AGGGUUAUGUUCCACCAGGUGUUUUUCUAUCUGUAUUUAUAAUUGAUGUGAAGACAUGCUGGUAAUGCUCCAACUUCUUUUCAUCAUAGCUUGGUUCUUGUAAAAGAAGCUGGCUCUUAACCUUAUUUUGCAAAAGUGGUCGUGCCUGAGCGCUUAAUGCAAGAGCCAUCAAGACAGUAAAGAAAACCAUUCUUGCAGUAGAUUGCUUAGCCAUGAUCCUCAAAAGCAAUAGGAUUUCGUGCAGGGUUUCUAAGAUGGCCCCAAAACGGCAUGGGCACCCGAGGGGUGGUCGUAAGGAUCAGGGCACUCCUCUGAUCCCAGAUGCUAGUCCCCCUGCCCAAACUGCCCCGCAGGAGGGAGGGAUGAGUAAUCCCCAGAUAGCCACUUUUGUCCAGGAGCUUAUGGCAGAGAUAAGACGCCAAGAAUCUCCUGCCACAAGUGUGCCACCUCCAUCUCCAAUGGUUUCCACUCCUAUGGCCCCUGCUCCAAUUUCCCCUACUCCAAUUUCCCCUGUUCCUAUUUCUUCUGCUCCUGCGGUGUCUAGCUGGAAGGUUUAUACGGAAUUCCAGAAGCUGGUGACCAAGAGAUUUGGUGGUACUGUAGGUUUUGAGCAGGCAGGAUCAUGGAUCACCGAGGUGGAGCUGGGAUUUCGCCUACUGCAGGUUUCUGAUGACCUUAAGGUCAAUGUAGGCAGUUACAUGCUUACUGGGAAGGCAUUAACUUGGUGGGAGAGUUAUAUGAAGCUACACCAAGGAGAGCUUGAAUUGAGCACUUGGGAUGGUUUUAAGAAGUACAAGGAGGAGUUUGACCGCUAUCUGCCUUUUGUGGGUAGCCAAGUUGGCGAUGAGCAAGCCAAGGCCGACAAAUUUCUGUGGGGCUUGAAUUCCGAUAUUUAUUUGGAGGUAAACCAAUUUAAACUCGCCACUUAUAAAGAGGCUGCAGACAGAGCCAUAGAUCAGGAGAAGGCUAUGGCUAGAGUCAAGUCCUCAGGACAGCCUAGUGUCGAAUCAUCCCUGGGGAAGAGAAAAUUUGAUGGGAGCCGUCGCUCCCUUUUUCUUGCACCACCUAAGUCUGAGAUCAGCAAGGGUUCUAAAGGGUCGGGAGCCACCAAGACUAGUUCUACCAGUCAGGGGGCGCAGAAACAGAGUACCGGGGUUCGGACAAGAGCCCAGCAGGCGAGAGUGCAAGUGAUGACUCACAAGGAAGCUGCGGCUACCGACAUAAUCACGAGUACCUUGCCUAUUAACUCUGAUUAUGCACAUGUUUUAUUUGAUUCGGGUGCAUCGCACUCCUUUAUUGCUCGAUCUUAUGCUUUGAAACAAGCUUUGCCUGUUGAUACCUCUGAUUGUGAACUGCAUGUGGACACCCCUUUAGGAGGGGUGAUGACUACUAGGGAGGUGUGUAGGACUGUGGAUAUUUAUGUUGAUGGUAGACAAUUGAGUGCUAGUAUGUUUGUUUUAGAUAUCUCUGAUUUUGAUAUCAUUUUGGGGAUGGAUUGGCUGUCAAAACAUUUUGCCUCUAUAGACUGUCAUCGAAAAUGGGAUUUCCUAGUCUCUGUUACUGAUGCUAGUAGUGUGACAUCGAGACUAGAAGACAUACCGAUGGUGCGUGAGUUUCCGGAUGUAUUUCCGGAGGAUCUCCCAGAUUUACCUCCGGAUAGGGAGGUUGAAUUUGCUAUUGACCUUGUUCCUGGCACCAGACCUAUUUCCAAAGCACCAUACCGUAUGAUUGCUGCAGAAUUGAAAGAGUUAAAGGUCCAGCUGGAGGAACUCCUUGAGAAAGGGUUUAUACGCCCUAGUGUGUCACCUUGGGGAGCUCCAGUGUUGUUCGUCAAGAAGAAGGAUGGGAGCAUGAGGCUAUGUAUUGAUUACCGGGAAUUGAAUAAGGUGACUGUGAAGGACCAGUAUCCCCUUCCUAGAAUUGAUGACUUAUUUGACCAGCUUAAGGGUGCUCAGGUAUUUUCUAAGAUUGAUCUUCGAUCUGGUUACAACCAAUUGAAGAUUAAAUCAGAUGAUGUGCCAAAGGCUGCCUUCCGCACCCGUUAUGGUCAUUAUGAAUUCAUAGUCAUGCCUUUUGGCUUGACAAAUGCCCCUGCCAGAUUUAUGGAUUUGAUGAAUCAGUUGUUUAGCAAGUACCUAGACCAGUUUGUGGUUGUCUUUAUUGAUGACAUUUUGGUCUAUUCUUCUAGCCAUGCUUUUCAUGAAAAGCACUUAAGGACGGUCCUCGAGACACUGAGAAGUGAGAGGCUAUUUGCUAAAAUUAAGAAGUGUGAAUUUUGGCUAGACAAUGUUGCAUUCCUAGGUCACGUUGUGACUAAGGAUGGAAUUUCUGUUGACCCCCAGAAGAUUGAGGUCGUGGUUGAUUGGAAAAGGCCGAAUAGUGUUGCAGAAAUUCUUAGUUUUCUGGGAUUGGCUGGUUAUUACCGCCGAUUUGUGGGGGAUUUCUCUAGAAUUGCUCUACCAAUGACUCAUCUUAUCAAGAAGGACACCAAGUUUGAGUGGACUCCAGAGUGUGAGAAGAGCUUUUUGACCUUGAAGGAAAAGUUGGUCACUACUCCUGUACUUGCACUUCCAAUUAAUGGGGAAAGAUUCACUAUAUAUAGUGAUGCCUCUAAAAAGGGUUUGGGAUGUGUCUUGAUGCAAAAAGAUAGGGUUAUUGCAUAUACUUCUCGGCAGCUAAAGCCUUAUGAAGAAAAUUACCCUACCCACGAUCUAGAGUUGGCAGUUGUAAUAUUUGCACUCAAGAUCUGGAGGCAUUAUCUGUAUGGUGAGACUUGUGAAAUCUUCACCGAUCACAAGAGUCUUAAGUACAUAUUCACUCAAAAGGAGCUUAAUAUGAGGCAGAGGCGAUGGCUUGAACUUUUAAAGGACUACGACCUGACCAUUAGCCACCAUCCGGGCAAAGCUAGCAAAGUAGCAGAUGCGUUGAGUAAGAAGUCCUCUGGCACUGCCUCUAACAUCCUUGCCACUCAGAAAGAGUUACUUGAGGAUCUUGUGAAGCUGGAUGUGGAGUUGAGAGUGGACAGUACUAUGGCUUAUCUAGCUGCUCUUAGUGCACAACUAGCAUUAAUGGAUAGAAUUAAACUUGGCCAACAAAAAGAUCCCUUCUUGCAGAAGAUGAAGGAAAAAGUAAGAGCCGGGGAACCCCACAUGCAAGAAUUCAGAAUUUCUGAUGAUGAGACUCUGGCCGAACACAAGAGACUUCAUGGGAAACUACAGCCUUUACCUAUUCCCCAGUGGAAGUGGGAGAACAUCACCAUGGACUUUGUGACAGGCUUACCACAAACCUUAAAGGGUAAUGAUUCCAUUUGGGUCAUCGUUGAUCGAUUGACCAAAUCGGCUCACUUCUUAUCCUAUCAGAUUGGCACCUCCAUUGAAAAGCUUGCCAAUAUGUACAUGGAGGAGGUAGUCAAGCUACAUGGAGUCCCUGUGUCUAUUGUGUCAGAUAAAAAUACCAGAUUUUUAUCUCAUUUCUGGACAAGCUUGCAGCAGGCACUUGGUACUCAAUUAAAUUUCAGCAUGACCUUUCAUCCUCAAACUGAUGGGCAAUCUGAGAGAACUAUUCAGAUACUUGAGGACAUGUUGAGGGCUUGUGUUCUAGAUUGGAAGGGUUCGUGGGAUCAACACUUAUCCAUGGCUGAGUUUGCAUAUAAUAACAGUUAUCAAUCUAGCAUCCACAUGGCACCGUUUGAGGCUUUGUAUGGUCAAAGGUGUAGAUCACCUUUGAUCAAGGAACGCCUUCGUGCUGCACAAAGCAGGCAGAAAAGCUAUGCGGAUAGAAGGAGACGAGACCUUGAGUUUGAAGUUGGUGACCAUGUAUUUUUGAAGGUGUCACCCACUCGAGGUGUCCUUAGGUUUGGCAUCCGGGGAAAAUUGAGUCCAAGUUAUAUUGGACCAUAUCCUAUCUUGGAAAGGAUUGGCGAGGUAGCUUAUAGAUUAGAGUUGCCUGGAAAUCUAGCGGGUGUUCAUGAUGUGUUUCAUGUGUCUUUACUUCGGAAAUAUGUCCCCGACCAGAGCCACAUCGUUAAUCCCGAACCAAUUCAACUCUGAGAGGAUCUUACUUAUGAUGAGCACUCGAUUCGCAUUUUAGAUUUCAAGGAGAGGAUAAUGCGAAGAAGGACUAUUCGUUUUGUUAAGGUCCUUUGCGAUAACCAUUCAGUUGAAGAAGCUACUUGGGAGUUGGAAUCCAAAAUGAGACAAGAACAUCCGCACCUCUUCCAAGAUUGAGGUAUGAGUUUAGGGGACUAAACUCCUUUUUAGGAG